AUGGCUUAUGAAAAAGUCCCAAAGGCUAAGUCUUUCUUGGUCACAAUGCUGCUGGUUCUUGCUUUGAUGGCUCAUAAAGGUUCGAGCUUUGGAGUCAACUGGGGCACUAUGGCAACGCGCCAGCUCCCACCUGAGAAAGUGGUUCAAAUGCUUCAAGAAAAUGGGUUUACUAAGCUCAAGCUCUUUGAAGCUGACCAUAAGAUUUUGGAUGCUCUUGUUGGGACUCAAAUUGAGGUCAUGUUGGCCAUACCCAAUUUCAUGUUGCAGGAUAUGAGUAUUGACACUGUUGCUGCAAUUUCUUGGGUUGAUGCCAAUGUCAGCAGUUAUUGCUAUGAUGGUGGAGUCAAUAUCAAGUAUGUUGCAGUAGGCAAUGAGCCCUUUCUUAAAGCAUACAAUGGCACCUAUUUAAAGACUACAUUACCAGCCCUGAAGAACAUCCAGGAAGCUCUCAACCGCUUCGGGCUUGGUUCACAGGUCAAAGUCACUGUGCCCUUCAAUGCUGACAUCUACUUCUCCCCUGACUCAGACCCAGUUCCAUCCACAGGCGACUUUCUGCCUGAACUUAAGGACCAUGUGAUUGAGAUAAUCCAAUACCUAUACACCAAUGAAGCACCAUUCACAGUCAACAUCUACCCUUUUCUCAGCCUGUAUGGAAAUGCCUACUUCCCUUUUGAAUUUGCUUUCUUUGAUGGAAAAAGCAAGCCCAUUAGAGAUGGUGACCUGCUCUAUACCAAUGUGUUUGAUGCAAACUUUGACACCCUUGUUUGGUCUCUAACCAAAGCUGGGUUCCCUGAGAUAAAGAUCAUAGUUGGAGAGGUGGGUUGGCCAACUGAUGGGGUUGUAAAUGCCAAUAUCCCAAAUGCCAAAAGGUUUAAUCAGGGAAUGCUUAAACAUGCUCUGAGUGGGAAUGGAACUCCAGCUAGGAAAGGCAUGAUUGAUGUCUAUCUUUUCAGCCUCAUUGAUGAAAAUGCUAAAAGCAUUGCUCCUGGCUGCUUUGAGAGGCAUUGGGGGCUGUUCGAGUUUGAUGGGAAGCCGAAAUACGAAUUGGAUUUGUCGGGUUCACUGCAGAAUAAGGGACUUGUAGCUGUGGAAGGUGUGGAUUAUAUGUCCAAAAGGUGGUGUGUGCUGAAUCCAGAUGCUAAAGAUUUGUAUGGUUUGGCAAGUAGCAUUGACUAUGCUUGUAGCCUUUCAGAUUGUACUGCCUUGGGUUAUGGUUCUUCUUGCAAUAAUCUUAGCCUGGAAGGGAAUGCUUCUUAUGCUUUUAACAUGUAUUACCAAGUGAAUGACCAGAAAAUAUGGACCUGUGACUUCUCUGGUUUGGCGGUGGAGACCGAUGAAGAUCCAUCAGUCGGAAAUUGCCAAUUCCCAGUGAUGAUAGCUUAUGCUCCUUCACUGUUGCAGCAUAGGGGACUUCUACACAUGCUGGUAGAAGUUAUUGGAGGGUGUAUGCUGUAUUGGAUUCUGCUAUAG